UCCAAAUGCAAAUCAUUACAAUCAACAGAGGCUGUUGAUCUUUUAACCUUUGAUUCACACCUGUUGAUUGAUAAUAAAACAAUUUAAUGAUUUUACUUUACAACAUUGUUUAACUAAAUAAUUAAAAACUGUAUCUCAUCAGUGUUCAUCCAUAAAAUAUUAACACUUGAUUUUACGAUGACUUUUAUCAACAUUUUGAUUCAUAGUUGCACUGGAUUAGCCUUCGAUAUUUUUAAUUACCUAUUAAUCAAAUAUUUUGAUUGGAUAAAACAGGAUUCAAUAAUAUUUUUGAUGAGCUUUCAUCAAUUUAGAUUAAUACCUUUAGGACAUUAUCCAAACAUCAAACAUUAGAAGUUAUUGUUUAAUUUCAAUUAUUCAAUCUGUUCUAAUUUUACUAAAUAAUUUAUAGAUACAUUUAGGUCAUUUAAUAUUCAUGUUAAUGGAUCAUUUUAAUCAAUCAAAAUCACCGUCAUCAUCACAACACCAUCAAAUUAUUAGCUUCAUUUCCUUAUGGUAGACUUGAAAAGGGGUAAAAAGAUACUAAUGAUAGAAAUGAUUCCUUUGAAGCUCAAUUGAUUCAGGGUUUGUCCUCAACCUUCAAUUGCUUAUUAACUAAUCAUGACAUACUCUAUGUUCACUUCGAUAGCACCAUGUAGGUACAGGUUUAGGAUAAUGAAUUUUAAUCAGACAAGAGCAGUUAUGUGUUGAAAGUCUUGAUAUUGAUGAACAGAUUGUUGACCGCCCGCCAUUACCAAGCUUGCCAGAUAAACCAGAAAAAUUGGACUGCCCUAAACUUGAAGUGAAAUAAACAGCAAUCAUAGAAGAAAAAACAUGAUUAAUUAGAUCAGUGAAUUACAUUUGAAUGAGCAAACUAUAGAUGGUUAUAAAAGUUGAACAUCCCUUUUUUUCAGAGCGUUUUGUCCCACUUUCUUGUGUCUCUUUUCAAAUGGUCUGAUAUCCUCAUUGAGUGCUAACCGAAUGGUCAACAUAUCCACUCUUUUCAUCUAUCGUCUGAUAUGUAAUAUUUCAUAUUACCACGUGGUUUCUCCUUUUCUUUACCUAAAAGUACUCGAAACAAGCUUCUUCACUUUCUUACUGAAUACCCAAACUUUUUUUUCCCAAUAACCAGUCUCUCUUUUUACUUGCAAUGAUUAAUGGGUAAUGUUGAGAAAAUUUCAAAUCUGCUCUUCUUUUUCUCUAUUCACUUGUUUAAUGUAUUAGAUCUCAAUUAUAUUGUUUUAAUUUUCUCUCCAGUUAUCAAUUUAGCAUUAUCUUGUUACCAGUGUACUCUUUUUCAAGGUGGAUGUUAUACAAUUUAAAUCACACAACUAUAAUCAAACCCUGUUCCGAUAAUCAGACGAUAAAGUUAACCUUUUUCAUAUUCUCUCUUUUUAUUUCUUCUGUUUCCUAUGUUUCUCGCAUUUUUAUUCUCGUUUGUUGUUGUUUUAUCAAAAUCAUAAUUACGUUUAAAUUUUACCAACAAUUAGUUUCCAUGUGGAUAGUUUUUCAUCGACUGAUCUGGUUUAUUUAAGCUGUUUACCAACAGCUUCUCGUAAAUCAAACUAAAAGUUAUAAUCUCAACAUCCUCAUUUUAAGUUUGGUUUGUUUCAGCUAACAAGUGAUGGUAAAAUUGUCAAAAUAUGAAAAAAUUGCCACUGCCAUUGUUUGGCUGGUAUAUUUUGUUUAUGGCAUUGCUACUUCUCUCAUGAAUACAACUAUAAUUGAUCUCACCGAGAUUCUACAAACGGAUGUAUCAACUGUUUCAUAUGGACUUCUAUCUCGAGCCGUUUUCCACUGCAUUGGAGCUCCAUUAUUUGGCUGGACAUUUACAUUAUUCAGUCGAGAGUUUCAAUAUGCUCUAUCGUUGGCUUUAUUUGGUCUCGGAACUUGUUUUACUGCCUCAUCAAAAACAUUUACCACUUUCAUCGUUUUUAAUUCACUCGCUGGUUUGGCUACUUCUGGUGUCGACAUUGCCUCCUAUGUUAUACUUCUAGAAAUUUAUAAGGAAAAUGCCAACCCUUAUUUGCAAGCAAUGGGUGGUUUUUGGGGUCUCGGACAAAUCUUAGCCCCUUUGAUCACUCGUCCUUUCCUAUCUUCUGAUGAAACAUUUGAAACAGGAAACACUACCAUCACUAAACACAUUCCUACAUCGAUUCAAAUUCCUUACAAUGUGCUUGGAAUCGCUUGUGUCGUUGUUGGAGGUUUUGUAAUGAUAUUCACUUGUUUCUACGAAAGUCAAAAAUCAAAAUCAUCUGACCAUUCACCAAAGACCAAAGUUGAACCUGACCUGGCCUCAAGAUCUUCAUCAUUAUCUGCAUCAUUUCGUGAAAACAUUGGGAAACACCCAAUUAAAAGGGAAGAUUCCUUUUUAUUGCCCAAAAAACUGCCUAAAGGUUAUUAUAUAACGAUAGUCCUUCUUGCUGCCAUACUCGUCAAUUUUCAAAUUGGACUUGAUUUAGAUUUUUUCAAUUUUCUUCACACCUAUGCUGUUGAAGGUCCAACUAAAAUAACCAAAUCUGAUGCUAGUUAUCUAGUGUCAUUGUGCGGUUUCGUUCAACUGGCUUCAAGAUUUGUUUCAAUUUUCAUUUCCAUUUACGUUCGACCUGGUACUAUUAUAUCUAUCUCGUCUCUAAUUACCCUUGCUGCUGUAAUUUCUCUAAUAUUUACGGGAACAACAAUUACUGGUCUGUGGACAGGAGCUAUAAUACUAUCAAUUGGACUCGCUCCAAUCGGUUCAUCCAUCUAUGCAUACCUCGAGGAAAGAAUGACUGUUACUAGCACAAUUGCCGCUAUCUUGAGCUUUUCAAGCACUAUUUUAUCAACGUCCGGACCUUAUAUUGUUGGCAACGCCAUAUCAACUGAUCCAUUUGUAUUUAUCCUUUAUAUCCUGAUCUGCAAUGUCUCAGUAAUCAUCAUGUAUAUAAUGCUGGUAAUAGCUGAAGUCUGGCGACGUCGAUAUUUAGAAAAGCAGAAAAAUUUAAACACACUUUUUAAUAAUCGACCAAAUUACAUCUCUAAACCAUGAUUCUCUUUUUCUGAGAAAAAUCGUUACCAUUAUAGCUUUUUGGUGGCUCAAUGAAAAUUAGUAAAUUAUAUUAACAAAGAAAUGUCAAACGGGUUAACACAUUCAAAAGAUUGGAAACGACAAGACAGAAGUUACCUGUGAUGAAGUUUGGAAACCGAUAAAUAUCAAAACCAUUCCAACUCUAAUCUUUCAACUUCAGUUUCCGUGGCCAAUCUAAAAACAUAUCAUGAAUCAUCUAGUCCAGCACUAUUUAACUAAAAAAUUGAACAAAACAUUUUGUUUACUAUUUUUCAAGCAUAUCAAAAUAUCGACUAUUGAUAAUCAUCCAAUACAUUUAAUUAAAUUUAACGCUUGAUCUAUCU